ACUUCCGCCGUAGUGUGUGUUCUGUUGUCAUCGGUCUGCUGCUUUCUUUGUACACAGCGGGCCAGUUUUCAUACGACUGGACUUUGUCAUAUAUUCGCAUAGUUUUACCUACAUCUCGGUAUAAGUGACUUCAGCACGAAGCCUCCCGCAAAAUGGAAGAAAAUGAAGAAGUUAGCGGAAGGACGGUGGAGAACAAAAAGCAGAAACUACGGAGGAUGUCAUCGAGGACGUCCACCACCAGUGUCAUGAGCGCUGCGGAGCCCUCUCCUCAAACUCUGCCGAGAAACAACUCCAAAAAACCUCCUCUGCAGAGAGGCAGCUCCUUCACCUUUCUCACUCCAGGAACUCCGUGGGACUUCAGUCUGAAAAGAAAGCGUAAAGAGAAGGACGACGACACAGUCAGCCUGUCCAGCUUUGACCUCAAGGAACCCAGUAACAAGCGUGUCCGACCACUGGCCAAAGUUUCUUCUCUCGUCAACCUCAUAUCUCCCUCAAAGAAUGGAGCAGUGCGGCGCUUCGGCCAGACCAUCCAGUCCAUGUCGUUACGUGGUGAUAGCAAGUCACCAGGGAUGUCCCUCAAAGCCAACAGCAAGGCCUCAGGUCCGACUCCCACCAAACGCAGAAACAGCACGCUGUGGUCAGAGACACUGGACAUCCAUCAGAAGAGCACGUUCUCCACCAAAGAGAUCAAGAGACAAGAGGCCAUUUAUGAACUGUACAGAGGAGAACAGGAUCUCAUCGAAGACCUUCAACUUGCACGAAAGGCAUACCACGACCCAAUGCUAAAGCUCUCGAUCAUGACAGAGGAGGAACUAGGUCACAUUUUUGGUGACCUGGAUGCAUAUAUUCCCUUACAUGAGGACUUACUGAUGAAGCUGACAGAGGGAACCGGCCCUGAUGGAACAGUAGCUCAGAUUGGACAGAUAGUAAUAGACUGGCUGCCUGGUCUGAAUGCCUAUAAGAACUACUGCAGCAACCAGCUUGCAGCUAAAGCCCUGCUUGACCAGAAAAAACAGGACAGGCGGGUCCAGGACUUCCUUCAGCGCUGUCUGGAAUCUCCCUUUAGCAGGAAGUUGGACCUGUGGAGUUUUCUAGACAUCCCACGUUCACGCCUGGUGAAAUACCCGCUGCUGCUGCGAGAAAUCCUCAGACACACUCCUCCUGAUCAUCCAGAUGUAACCAAUCUGGAGAGAGCGAUCACUAUAAUCCAGGAGAUUCUGUCUGAUAUCAACGUGAGAAAAGGGGAAUCUGAGUGUCAGUAUUACAUAGACAAACUGGAGUUUCUGGAUGAUAAGCAGCGGGACCCUCUCAUAGAUAACUGUAAGACGCUACUAUGCCACGGCGAGCUGCGGAACAAGAGUGGCUCGCGGCUGCAUGUGUUCCUCUUCUCUGAGCUGCUGGUUCUGACCCGACCGGUGACACGGAACGAAAGGAGCUGCUUCCAGGUGUAUCGUCAGCCAAUCCCAGUCCGAGACCUGGCUCUGGAAGAUCUGCUGGAUGGAGAGAUCCGCAUGGGGGGGUCCUUCAGAGGGGCUUUCACCAAUGGAGAAAAAGCUAAGAAUGUUUUCCGUGUGAGCUCUCUGGAUCCCUCCCAUGGCCAGUCCCACACUCUGCAUGUCAGUGACGUCUACCACAAGCAGCAGUGGCUCAACUGUCUGCGCACUGCGAUGACUCAACAGCAGGGGGCUCCAGCUCGAGCUCAGCAGGGGCAAUCCAUCCGGACAAAGCGCCGCUCCUCCACUAUCUCAGCCACCAUCUGUGAUGCAGAGACAGACGAGAACAGUCCAUCUGUCUGUGGCCCUAAACUCAGGCCUCAGACGCUCUCCAAAACUAGACUGGAGCGGAAGUCACAAGGAUCAGUAAAGAGGAAGGAAACUGGAGUGUAGACAUUCAGCCGAGGUCCCUCUCAGAUGGACACGUUCUCAACGUGUCCUGUUUGGUCUCGUGUAUGUCAGCCAAUUUUCCUGCAACCACUGUUGUAGUGCUUUUGCUUUGUCUGUGUAGCUGCACUGAAAAACCUUCCCAAUCAUUUCCGUCCAUAAGGAAAUCAAAUUUUAGUCUUUUACACGUGUAAUUAGUUUACAAAAAAAAAGUGUUGCGUCCCAUUGUGACUGAAAUAUAUGUUUACACCAGUGUGGAAUUAGGGUUUUAUGUGUCUAAGUUAAAAAGAACUUUAUGCCACUUAGAGCUGUGUUUGUUUCAUUACAUUUAAAAGGUGUCAGUCUUGUCCUGUGAUCAUUUUGUCAGCAGCUAUGCUAUGGGGAACAUGUGUAAAGCUGUAACUUCUAAGUGUUAUCUGUGCCAAGAUAAGGGAUCAAGAAACUGAGGAACCACAAUGUCUCAGUGGUUCAGCGAAAGCCAUGAAACCAGUCUUAACCUGACUGAGAUGUAGAUACAAGGUAAUGGACAGAACAUAAGUGAGAUCAUUGACCACAAAGACAAUAAGAUUUCUUGGGGAAAUAAAUCAAUGAAUGUAAAUGUAAUCAGUGGAUAUAUGUAGAUCGGAAAAAUAAUAAAACAUUUAGUACUGUCA